GGGGGCGGGGGGAUACGAACUGGAAGAGGGGGGAGGAAUUUUCUUCCGGGGUGCGGCCCGCUCGGGGGGUUUCGCUUCCGGGACGGUGUUCCGGCCCGUUCCCACCCCCGGGAGCUGGGUUGUACACCUACAACUGGGGCAGCCAUGGAGAAAAGUGGAAACAUUCAGCUGGAGAUCCCUGACUUCAGCAACUCUGUCCUGAGCCACCUCAACCAGCUGCGCAUGCAGGGCCGCCUGUGUGACAUAGUGGUCAACGUGCAAGGACAGGCUUUCCGUGCUCACAAAGUGGUGCUGGCUGCUAGCUCGCCCUACUUCCGUGACCAUAUGUCAUUGAACGAGAUGAGCACGGUCUCCAUUUCAGUCAUCAAGAACCCCACUGUUUUUGAGCAGCUCCUUUCCUUUUGUUAUACCGGGCGGAUAUGCCUGCAGUUGGCUGACAUCAUCAGUUACCUAACGGCAGCCAGCUUCCUGCAGAUGCAGCACAUUAUAGACAAAUGCACGCAGAUCCUCGAGGGAAUUCACUUCAAAAUUAACGUGGCAGAGGUUGAAGCUGAACCGAGCCAGACUAGAACAAAGCAUCAGGAGAGACCCCCAGAGUCUCACCGGGUUACCCCAAAUCUAAACCGCUCUCUGAGCCCACGCCACAACACUCCAAAAGGGAGUCGUCUAGGCCAGGUCAGCACUGUGCUGGACAUUCGGGAGCUGAGCCCCCCUGAGGAGUCCACCAGCCCUCAGAUAAUUGAGCAGAGUUCAGAUGUGGAGAGCAGGGAGCCCAUAUUGCGGAUUAACAGAGCAGGACAGUGGUACGUUGAGACAGGAGUGGCAGACCGUGGGGGACGGAAUGACGAUGAUGUUAGGGUGCUUGGAGGAGUGCGCAUUAAAACGGAGAACCUGGAGGAGUGGCUGGGAACGGAAAAUCAGCCAUCGGGAGAAGAUGGGAGCAGCGCUGAGGAGGUCACGACCAUGGUAAUUGACACAACAGGCCACGGAUCGAUGGGCCAGGAGACUUACACAUUAGGGUCAUCAGGAGCCAAAGUGGUUAGGCCAACCAGCAGUGAGAUUGACAGAUUUAGCCCUUCGGGCAGCAUGGUUACUGUAACUGAGCGGUACAGAUCGAAAAGUGAGUCUCCCGGGCGGAUGGAUGAGCCUAAGCAGCCCAAUUCCCAGGUGGAGGAGUCCGCCAUGAUUGGAGUGAGCGGUUAUGUUGAGUAUCUCCGUGAACAGGAAGUGUCUGAGCGGUGGUUCCGGUACAACCCGCGGCUCACCUGCAUUUACUGUGCCAAAUCCUUCAACCAGAAAGGCAGUCUAGACCGGCACAUGCGUCUCCACAUGGGCAUCACACCCUUCGUCUGCCGCAUGUGCGGUAAAAAGUACACCCGCAAGGAUCAGCUGGAGUACCACAUCCGCAAGCACACAGGCAACAAGCCCUUUCAUUGCCACGUUUGCGGCAAGAGCUUCCCCUUCCAGGCCAUCCUUAACCAACACUUUCGCAAAAACCACCCUGGCUGUGUGCCUCUGGAGGGGCCGCACAGCAUUUCCCCCGAGACCACCGUCACCUCCAGGGGGCAGGCCGAGGAAGAGUCUCCCCCGCAGGAGGAAGCUGUUGUGGCAGGGGAGACGGCACAGGGAUCUGUGUCCACCACCGGGCCAGAUUGAAACAGGGUGUGGGGGAGGACCCUCUUCCCGUUUGGCUGUAAGCAGUCAGCACCGAGACGGUGGGCUGGUACUGGAAUCAGUGCAAUGCCACCACCGGACGGGAUGUUGCCAAAACAGAAGAUUAACAAAAACAAAGUGCUAAAAGCUUUUCCCCUUUUUCUCAUCUCCUUGGGAAAAAACAAAACUGGGUCAAUCGACUUCUGAUUCAGGGAUCGACGGGAUUUUUUUAAUGUUUUUAAUAUAUUCAGUAGCGAUCCAGGA